CUAAGCUAACUACAUUACCCUGCUGCUAAUAAUGUGUGAGAAAUCAAGGCGAGCAUCGUCUUAGCUAGCAUUAGCCACCUCCCGAAACAUGUGGAGAAAAUACCACGUUAACCACAUUUAGCCAGAGAAACCGGGGCAGAUUUGGCGGCUCCUGGUUGGCAGAGGCAUUUCUGCCCUUCCACCCCCUUUAUACCCCCUCAUACCCCCUUCUUUUACCCCCGUCUUUUACUGGCUUCCAUUCAAAUUUGGGUCAGGGGUGAGGGGGGUUUUCACGUCACAAGCUGCAAGAUGGCGCUCGGAACGCUGUGAGAUGAGAGAACAGGAUGGCUGUGUGAAGAGAUUCGGUCGAUUUUCUGAGGAUUGUAGGUGCAGAACAAGAGGUCGGAAAUGGAGUUGCCAAAUCAUGCCAAACAAUUGCUGCUGCAGCUGAACCAACAAAGAGCCAAAGGUUAUCUGUGUGAUGUGAUUAUAGUAGUAGAAAAUGCCCUCUUCCGGGCACACAAGAACAUUCUGGCAGCCAGCAGUAUCUACUUCAAGUCCCUCAUCCUUCACGACAACUUAAUAAACCUCGACACCGAUAUGGUCAACCCGUCGAUAUUUCGGCAGGUUUUGGACUUUAUUUACACCGGCAAGCUUUUGUCGACGGACCAGGUCAGCGACCACAACUUUAACGCCCUCCUAACGGCAGCAAGCUACCUCCAACUCCACGACCUGGCAGCUCUCUGCAGGAAGAAGCUGAAGCGCAACGGAAGAUCCCUCCACAACAAACCCUCGACCCCUACCAAUGGAAGAACUUCCAGGAACCAAAGGUUGUCCUCUACUCCGGUCACACCAAACCAAAUUUCAGGGUUCAAAGACAGUGAAAAGACAAAGAGACCAGAAGAGCUUCUCAAAGAGGAGUUGUCGGAAGAAGAGGUUUUUGCUGGGAACGCCCAUUGUGCAGCUAACUCUCUCAGUCCCUCUACCAGUAAGAAUGGGAGCAAUGGCCCCGUUCACAACAGCGGCGGCCUCCUGGAGCUUGGCUUGGACCUCUCCAAGAAAAGCCCUUCAGGAAGCACGGCCACUGAAGAAGUAAGUCCCAGCAGCAUCCCGCAAGAAUCACCUCAGUCUGCCUCAGAAUCCACAGCCAACAGUGCCUCUUUCGAUGAGCUCGCCACCAACCCACAGAACCUCACCGGGGGAGAACCUAUGGAAUUGGGCGAAGCGGGAGAAUGCGAGGAGAGCCAGCAUCCUCCAGACUCCGACCAGCUAACGACAAAUAAAAGCUCUCGCCAGACCUCACGGCCGAGGCGACAAACCAAAAGCGAGAGCCACAAAGGCGAAGAUGGCGAGCGAGCCUCUUUGCCCAACGGCGUCUCCAAGAGGUUGAAUGUUGUGAGCGGUGGGAACCUAAACUCGGACGUGUCUUACCAAUGUAAGGACGAAGAGGACAGUCUGGUGAAUGGCCAUGAGCAAAGCGAGGAAAGUGGCCAGAGCGAGAGCGAAGGUGGCCGCAACAGCGCCAACUACGUGUACCGCCAGGAAGGCUUUGAGCCUGCCCUCGGCGACAACCUUUACGUCUGCAUUCCUUGCGGUAAAGGCUUCCCCAGCUCUGAAGAACUGAACGCCCACGUCGAGACCCACACAGAGGAAGAGCUGUACAUCAAAGAAGAGGAGGACGACGGCUAUCCAAAGGAAGACGAAGCGGAGGCUGAGGACCUGUCAUCCCAAACGGUGCAAGCGCACGGUGCCGAGUCACGCCGCUUCUGCUGUACGGUGUGCAAUAAGAGCUACAAGGAUCCGGCCACCUUACGGCAGCACGAGAAGACCCACUGGCUCACGCGACCGUUCCCCUGCAACAUCUGCGGGAAGAUGUUCACGCAGCGCGGCACCAUGACGCGCCACAUGCGCAGCCACCUGGGCCUGAAGCCCUUCGCCUGCGAGGAGUGCGGCAUGCGCUUCACGCGGCAGUACCGGCUCACGGAGCACAUGCGGGUCCACUCGGGCGAGAAACCGUACGAAUGUCAGCUUUGCGGCGGCAAGUUUACCCAGCAACGGAACCUCAUCAGCCACCUGCGAAUGCAUACCUCCCCAUCAUAAGCCAAAGACGCUCUGGACGGGAGAACUACUUCUUCAGCAAAAAUAUCUCAGUACAACGCACACCUCUUUUCUGUGAAGACGACUGCUAUUAGUGGCGACCCCAAAGGAAUAUUCGCUUCUGUCUUGACAUGACGGGAGUAGCGGUGACAAGAGUCCAAAUCCUGGAAGCCCUAAAAGUUGAAAGUAACAUCCUCAAAAGUUGGUACGAUUCUAUGGCUUUUGUUUUUUUUUUUUUUUUUUUUUUCAAUUGCUGUGAAUGUACGAUUGGAGUAGUGACGCUGUUUCAGGAUUCAGGAUUUCCAGACGACUGCUACAGUCUAUGCAUUUGGUCUGAGUAACAGAUUUUUAGGUAUCCCAAGAAAACGCCAGUUCUCUUCUUCCCUUGGUCCUUCAAAGAAAAGGGUUGAGGGUUCUGAAAGUACAGAGUAUUUUAUUAUGAGCAUUUUAUCCAAAACCUUUUCAAGCUUUUCGAUUCAAAGAAAGUAUGACGUGAGUGUUUCCAAGGCCCGAAACGUAUUUUAAUCACGCAAAGACAUUGACAUGAUGGGUGUUGCUGCAAGAAAGGUGCUGCAUUGGCAAUGUUGUCAUUUUGUACCACUGGCGACAAUGUGGCGUUAUGAUUUAGUCCUUUAUUGCCUUUGUUGUAACGUAAAAACAUCAGAGCACACAUUGAGUUUGUACGGCAGAACAAUGUGUUUGCAGAGCGUUUGUGUCUUUGUAUAUGUUGAGUAUGUUUCGGGCCUAAAAGUCUCAAAGAAAGUGUUGCAGAACAUGCACACAAGUCUUUCUUUCUUUUUUUUUUGUUUUAUAAAACGAAAAUAGUGUUUCAUAAAAGCUUUUUUUGCAUUCAACCAAACAAAAAUUUACAAUAUUUCUACUCUGUACCAUGUGGCCGUUGGCUGUUUGUAGAUGUGGAACAGGGUCCAACCAGAGCUUUCAUACUUUUUCCAUAGCGUCUUGAGGUAUUUUUUGGGACGUGCACAUGGAUUCCUCAGUUUUAAACAGCCUCGGUUAUAAUUGCCGCAUGAAACCAAUAGAUGUAGAUCUGCGGAGGCUUUGGUUCAGCCUUUGCGAUGAACGUUGGACGAUGAAUGAAUGACGGAUGGACGGGCUACUCGCUGGUGAAGCUUCUCGGUUGUGUCCGAGAAGUGGGCGUGGUCAGAUCUCUGCUGUGUUCCCUCUGCACCUGAACACGGGCGUGUUGGGCACGGAUACGAGCGAGUGGUCCUGCACGUCUGUUUUUAAGCUGUGUCGUUUACUCCUAGUAUAUAGAGGUUUACUCUCAAAGAAAAGCCAAAAUGAACGGUACUUGUUUUUAGAUAACUUAUUAUUAUUAUUAUUAUUACGUUUCUCUGUGAAUGUUUUAAACUGGAAGUUCUUUUGAUAUAUAUUUUUUUUCUUUGGGACGAGACAGUCCGAAAGGUGAGGUGAUUUGGGUGAUGGGUCGGGUCGGGUUUGUUUUUAGUGAAUGUUGAACUUUCAGAAUUCUGUCGGUACUGUUUUACUGUUUUUACUCUGUUUUACUGUUUUUAUUUUCAAUUUUGUCAGUUUUUGAGUUUUCCUUUCACUGAAAAAAGGCAAGUCUAAUUUUUUAGUCUUGUCACAUUGCUACCUCUUAAUUCUAAAGAACAAUACAUUCAUUGAUGACGAGGAUGAUGAUGAUGAUGAUGAUGAUGGAAACAGGGGGGUUUCUGAAUAUAGAUGUAUAAAGUUUACCGAUGCUUUUCAAAAUGAUAGUUUUAACUUGCCCAUCUUUCAACAUAGGUUUUAAAUUUUACAUAAAGUUUUAAAGCAUAUUAAAGUAGAAGUUAGCUUGUUGGACGCAUGUA